CUAUGCUUAACAAAGUCGUCCUUGGCAUUAACACCAAACUUGGUGAGCGCACUAACAGCUGCAGAACGGACAAUUGCAUUUUCAAGCAUGAUUCUAUUAUAUAUGUACCGAAUAAAUCUAGUCGGUUCUGCAGCCCUAGGUCCUUCUUCACCUAAUAUACACAGGAUGCGAACUGCAAUCUUAGGAUACUCACAGUCUUCAAUAAACUCACAGAGUUCUGCAAGUGCCUUCUCCUUAGAUUCAGGAAUAUAUUUGAUCAUAUCGAAAAUAGCAUCAAUAGCAGCACGUUUAAACUCGUAACCACCCUCGUCACUAAGAAUGUUGCUAAGGAAAGAUAACAUUGCCUCCUGUUUACGAGGGAAUUUCAGGCAUAAGGAACGAAUGGCAUCAACAACGAUAAUCUUAAAGUUAUCGGGAAUUUCAGACAUAAAGUUAGCUAUUUGCAACAUAAGACGGUCAACAGAUUCUUCAUUUCCAGUCUUAAGUAAAGUGGUAAUAGCAUAAGUUGCUAUGGAGCGGUUCGCAUCAGUGAUUAGACUUUCAAUCAUAGGAUUGCAAGAGUAGAGAAGAUGAGGACGAGUCAUGGCUAACUCAUUUAAAGUACGGACUGCAGAAAAACGAGCGGCAGAGCGAUGAGAGGUAAGAAAUAUGGUUAAUACAGCGACUACGGGACGUAUGUCCUCAUCGUCAAGGGUCUUUAAGCGAACCAUGUUCCGGGCAAUUUCCAAAUUGACCAUAUCACCUUUACCUUUCAACCAGCUAUGGAACAGAGGAACCAUAUCUUUACGCAUAUCAGGAUAUUGAUCCAUAAGACUAGCGACAUAGCGGACGUACAUGACGAAAGCAUGAGAAUUUGAAAGUCCAGCAACUUUCGAAGCAAUAUCACGAAAUAUUUUUAAGACAGCGAUAUGAUCUGACUGUCUGAUUCUAUACAAAAGAGCAAGUGCAUGAUAUUGAGAAAUACCACUGGAAGAAGGCGUAUAGCCUAGAGAAGUAGCAAAAAAGGGCGAAUUUGCAACCUUUCUACCAACAAUAUGGGAAGUCGUAGCAUCUUGAGCCUUGUUACUCCAACGGGACACCACAUCUUUGGCUACCGGAUACAAGUGGUAAGCGGAAACCAACGCAGCACUAGCAACAGCGGAAACUGGGUCAACGACGGCAGUUGUAAGGAUACGCUCGAUAGCAGGUACAGUGUUCGCGUCAAUCACUCGAACGAGUGAACGAAUAGCAUUCGGACGAUAAACCACUUCACUUCCAGUAGCAGUGUCUUUCAUAAUACUACUAGUAAUCAUAAUCACAUCCUGCGCAACCGAAGACAAUUCCUUAAUUAUAAUAUACACAAAUUGUCUAAGACUAGGAUCCUUGUGCUGAAAAAGCUUCGUGAUGCCAAAAAAGAGCUCAGUUGCUUGCUUCUCAGGAAAUCGAUCUCCAGUAUACAGUAGAUAUGCAAUCUUGCAAAGCAACAUUCGGCUUUUCCGAGGUGAGAUUGAAGAUUGGUGAAAUGCUCUCGCAUCUUGCGUUACAGAAACCUGAUUUAUAUUGGAGAAUAUUGACUCAUCUAGUACGACAAUUAGCACACAUCGUAUCUCCCCUUGUACUUACCGUUAUCUUCAUCUUUUUUGGAAUAACUCAUUUUUACGAAGGUUCCCUCUCGUCUACCCAAAGUAGCAAGAUUACUUCCCUUCUAAUUUUGCCUAAGCUGUGUAUUGUUGAGGGUAAAUAGUAACUGUCCUACAACGUCGUGAUCCAGCUCGAAAUAAAGAUCGGGCCUUGCACCACACUAAAAGCAGCAACAAAAACAAGCGGCCUAUUUAAUAUUACCAAAGAGUUCACUAAAUAAUUUUAUAGCCUACAAUGAUAUCGGCUAAACACCAGUUGCUUUAGCAGAAUCCAUUAUAACCAUUUACUAAUUACGAACGUAUUUUUCCUUAAAACACUUUAAAAGAUUGGAAAUAGGAGUCUUUGAACAGAUUAGAAAUGAUUGUAUGAAUUAAAAAUCUGGUUUGCACGAUAUGAAUGACCGAAACAGCGAGCAUUCCACGAGCUCUAGGACCCAUAGGUCUGUUUUAAGCUAUAAUACGAAUGAGACAGGGAGUGAUGGUUAUACAGAGACUAGUAAUUAUAUGACAGAGAAUGGUGGGGAUACAACAAGUUCAGCUAAUGAUGGUUUUGGAGUUGCAUUUCCUCAACCCAGGCAUGGGUUUGAAGAAGAAUACAAUAAUGCAGAAUAUAUUAAUAUGCUAGAACAAGUGUUUUAUAUGUAUUAUACUGAUAAACGGCAUCGCGGGGUGAUCAGUAAAAAGACUGCAGAAGCCACGGAAACUAUACAUGACUGGAGGAUGCGCGAGAGGCUGAAAACAAUAUCUGCAGCUUUGUUAGUGUGCUUAAACAUAGGGGUAGAUCCUCCUGAUAUAAUUAAACCUAACCCUUGUGCUAAAUACGAGUGUUGGGUUGAUCCAUUUUCUUUACCUGCUUCUAAAGCAUUAGAAGCUAUAGGAAAGAAUUUGCAACAGCAGUAUGAAACGCUCAGUAUGCGUACCAGAUACCGUCACUAUCUUGAUCCGGCAAUUGAAGAAGUAAAAAAGCUUUGUAUUGCACAACGCCGAAAUGCUAAAGAAGAGCGCAUCUUGUUUCAUUAUAAUGGCCAUGGAGUUCCUAUGCCUACUUCUUCUGGCGAAAUAUGGGUGUUUAAUAAAAACUAUACUCAAUAUAUUCCAGUGUCUUUGUAUGACCUACAGACAUGGCUGGGUGCACCCUGUAUUUAUGUCUAUGAUUGUAGUGCUGCUGGAAAUAUCGUUGCUAACUUUAAUCGAUUUGCUGAACAGAGAGAUAGAGAGGCUUUUCGUCUUGCUAAACAAAAUCCCAAUAUACUGGCUAUGCCAUCCCAUACUACCAGUAUACAGCUUGCGGCAUGUGGUCCAAAGGAAACGCUUCCUAUGAAUCCUGAUCUGCCUGCUGAUCUUUUCACCUCCUGUUUGACUUCCCCUAUUGAAAUUUCUGUGCGAUGGUAUGUACUCCAAAAUCCGUUUCCCAGCAAAUUAAAUUUGAAUAUGCUUUUGAAGAUACCUGGUCGCUUACAAGAUCGCCGCACUCCGCUUGGUGAAUUGAAUUGGAUUUUCACAGCUAUCACAGAUACAAUAGCCUGGAACGUAUUCCCCAAACACCUUUUUCGAAGACUUUUCCGUCAGGAUCUCAUGGUAGCUGCCCUUUUCCGUAACUUUCUUUUAGCCGAACGUAUCAUGUUGGUGCAUUCAUGUCAUCCACAGUCUAGUCCUCCAUUGCCCUCAACUCAUGAUCACCCAAUGUGGAAUUCUUGGGACCUUGCCAUUGACAACUGUUUAUCCCAGCUUCCAGAUAUGCUUGAAGCUGAGAGUAAAGGAGUUUCCUACGAAUAUAAACAUUCCAUGUUCUUUAGCGAACAAUUGACAGCUUUCGAAGUUUGGCUAUCUCAAGGCUUAAUAACUCGCAAGCCACCAGAUCAGUUACCACUAGUAUUGCAAGUUUUACUUUCGCAGGUACAUCGUCUUCGAGCUCUAAUUCUGUUAUCUAAAUUUCUUGACCUUGGGGUUUGGGCCGUCGAUUUAGCUCUAUCCAUUGGAAUUUUUCCUUACGUUUUGAAAUUACUGCAGUCACCUGCUAUAGAACUAAAACCUGUUUUAGUAUUUAUUUGGGCAAGAAUCUUAGCCGUUGAUGACUCAUGCCAAGCAGACUUACUGAAGGAUAAUGGCUAUGGUUAUUUCGUACAAAUUUUGAACCCAAAUUCUUCAAUUUUUCCUUCUAGUAAUAUUUCCGAACACCGUGCUAUGUGUGCAUUCAUUUUAAGCAUUUUUUGUCGAGGAUUCCCUCAGGGACAAUUGGCUUGUCUUGGGCCUCAGGUCUUAUCACAUUGUUUGAGUCAUCUGAAUAGUUCCGAUUCAUUGCUUAGACAGUGGGCUUGUCUUUGUAUCGCACAGCUGUGGGAUAAUUAUUCUGAAGCAAAAUGGUCAGCUAUACGCGAUAAUGCUCACAUGAAGCUUGCAGAGAUUGUUUCGGAUCCUGUUCCGGAAGUUCGUGCUUCAGCUUUAGUAGCUUUCACUACGUUCUUGGGUUUCCCCGAAAAAACUGAAGAAGUUAUAGCUAUCGAAACGUACAUCGCCUUAUCUGCGCUUGUGGCAAUGUCAGAUGCGUCUCCUAUGGUACGUCGAGAACUUACGAUAUUUUUGUCGCGUUUUGUAGUUUGCUAUAAGAAGAGAUUCAUUGUCGUUGCCUAUGAAAGCAGCAUUUUCCUAAACCCAAGAAAGAAACAACAUACCCCUAUUAGUGUUUCAACUAUAUUUGAGACUGUUUGGCAGGCUAUUUUGAGUUUGUCAGCUGAUCCAAGCGUGGAAGUAGCUAUGGCUGCGGAAGCAGUUGUAAAUUAUGUGUACCAAAGUAUUCUCAAUUCAUCACUUAAAGACGAAUUUUCUGCUUUCGUUUCUAAAAGUUUGCCGGUUCUUCGGAACCCUGUUUCGGCUCAGGAUACAAUUACUGAAAAUAGUUCGCUUGACGGUGACUCGCGAUCUUUUUCUGCUUCUCGAUAUCCCGCAGAAAGGAAAAUGCUGACCAGAUCAUUCUCUUUAACGAAAUCAUUAAAGGGACUGGCCUUAAGCUUAGCUGGCAAUGAUAAAGCCUCUGAAAUACUUUCGCUUACUGGAGAAAGCAAAGCGAGCGAUUAUGGAGCUUCUCGGUUGACAGAUGCUAAAGUUCCUGUCCCUCCUUCUUUUAAUAGUAUGGAAUAUCAGUCUGAACUCGAUAUGCCAUUAACAAGUCAUUUCUUUGACUGGUCUCGUAAAUAUUUUACAGAGCCCCAGAUGAGACCUAAUGAAGACGACGAACCUGGUAGCAUCUGUUACAAUCAACGUCUUUGGAGAAGAAAUAGGAAUGAAAAGCUAAUUUAUCAAACACGACCUCUCGCUGAACUAUCUGGGAAUAACCAUUGGAACCAGCAAGUUUCGUCCAUAAACAAUGUCUUCACUCCAAAGAAACUAAUUUUUCAUCAAUUUGAGGAUCAAUUAGUAUCGUUAAGUAACAACAACUUAAUUCAAGUCUGGGACUGGGGGCGUUCUAAGUGUCUUAAUGCUUUCAAAACUGAUCCGAAUUUGAGAAGUGAUGUUAUGGAUAUGCAGUUAUUAAACGAGGAUGACAUUGCUCUGUUAAUGACCGGUAAUUCUGAGGGUGUCGUUCGUCUUUAUCGCAACUAUGAUACCGAAGAUGUCGAACUGGUAACUUCUUGGAAUGCACUUGGAGACUUAUUAUUUGGAGAUCGUGAUGCCGGUUUAUUACUAAAUUGGCAACAAAAUUGUGGUCAUCUCCUCGUAGCUGGAGACGUUCGCGUUAUACGAAUUUGGGACGCAUCCAAAGAACUUUGUCAUUCUAGUCUACCAGCAAGAAGUAGUAAUGGCAUUACUAGUCUUACUAGUGAUCUUGUUGGAUGUAAUGUUAUAGUUGCAGGCUUUACUGAUGGUGCAUUAAGGGUUUAUGAUAAACGAUUACCAGCAAGAGAAUCUAUGACAGACGUUUGGAAAGAGCAUGGUUCAAGAAUUGUGAAUUUGGAAAUGCAAUCUUCGGGAAUGAGAGAAUUGAUUUCAGCUAGUGUUGAUGGUGAAGUAAAACUAUGGGAUAUUCGAUCUAAUCAUAGCUUAUUGACAAUUCCUGCUCAUUCAAAUGAUUUGACGUCUCUAAGCGUACAUAGCCAUGCGCCUGUGUUUGCCACUGGAUCGUCGAAUCAAUAUGUGAAGGUAUGGAGUACUGAUGGUAAAAAUAUCAAUACGUUCCGUGAAAGCUCUCGAUUUUUGACGCAAUCGAAACUUGGUGGACUAAGUUGCCUGAAAUUCCAUCCUCAUCAUUUAAUGUUGGCAUGUGGUGACAGUACGGACAAUCGGAUUAACUUUUACUCUUGUAAUAAAAACGAACUAAUUACCAAUGCUGUUAAUGAAUACUACUAAUAACACCACCCGGUUUCUAAUAGUACUUAAGCAAGAAUUGUCUGUUUACAACCCUCGUUUCUAGUUUUCCGGGAAAAAUUUUUUAUAACUGGACAUUUUAUUUAAGUCUUUUUUUGUAUCUUCAUAUAAUAAUAAAUGAAAGUUUUGUUACAACCGCAAA